CGCGGGGUAGCGAUCGCGGCCUGUGUAGUAGCUCUCAGGGCGGUCUUUGCAGUACCACUCGCUCUUCCUAGCGUAAAGAAGGCCGCUCCUGGACUACUGCUACAUCCUCAGCCCCUGGACUACUUCUGACCUGUUUUUUUGAAGAAAGCGUGCAUCGCUCACAGAUGGAGUUUGGUGAGAUCCUGUGUGGAUUUUCCAGUACCACAAAUAAGAUCAUGGUAUCCCCCAGCCUUCUUCCCUUCCCCUGCCCCGUCUUCUGAAAGGCUGCAGAGAGGAGGAGUAAAUCCCAGACUCCUGGCAGCAGAGCCUCACUGGGCAGAACCUAGGAUUCAUCUUCCUGUUCUGUUCAGAGUGGAAGAAGAAGCAAAAGAGAAACAAGAUUUACAACACUGGCUCUGGUGUGAGAGCUGGAUUCAAGGACCACUGCUGCCUCUUGACCUCACCUGUCAAUGGGUAUAAGAAUUGUCAUCAUGAUUUCUUGAAAACUUGCUGAAAUGCCAGCUGAAGAUGGGCACCAAUGUGUAGGUGGUUGGACAAAGGUCACCUAACUAUCGUAACAGUAGCUUCUUCACAGACUCAGUGUUCCCCAAAGGAGGAGGACACAAUGACCAAAUUCAAGGAGGUGGUGACAUUCAAGGACGUGGCUGUGGUCUUCACUGAGGAGGAACUGAGGCUGCUGGACUCUGCCCAGAGGAAGCUGUACCAAGAUGUGAUGCUGGAGAACUUCAGGAAUGUGGUCUCAGUGGGACAUCAGUCCAUCACACCAGAGAGAGAGAGAGAAGAGCUUUGGAUGAAGAAGGUGUCAACUCAGAGUGGUAACUCCCCAGGAAAUAAGAAUCUAAGUGAGAUAGAGACUCUCCAAGAAGUAAGGUUACAGUAUCUGCCCCAUGAUGAGCUUUUCUACUCACAAGUCUGGCAACAGGUUACAGGGGACUUAACUGGGCAUCAAGAUUCUGUGAUAAAUAUUCAAGGAACUGGCUCUUGGUUAAAAAAACAAGAUGUUGCACUCUCUGAAGAUGUGUUCAAGAAAUGUUUUAACAAGGAUUCACGUCUUCAAGUUUACCACAGAAUCCAUGUUGAUAAAAAACAUUACAAAAGGGAGACAUGUAAGAAAGGUUCAAUUUGGGAUUCUCAUCUUGAAGUUAACCAGAGACCCCAUGCAGGAGACAAGCCCUACAAAUGUGAAAAAUGUGAUAAUACCUUCCGUCGAUUUUCCAGUCUGCAAGCCCAUCAGAGAGUGCACAGUAGAGAGAGUUCAAACAAAUCUGAUGAAUUGUGUAAGGGUUUCAGUCAAAAGUUGCAAUUUCCCCAUCAUCGGAGAGUCCGUACUGGAGAGAAUCCAUACAAGCAUGAGGAGCAUGGGAGGAGUGUCCGAAAAAGCUCAUAUUGCCAAGGUCCUCUGCUAGUCCACCCAGGAGAGAAACCCUAUAAAUGUGAGGAGUGUGGAGUGAGCUUCAGCCAGAGCUCUUAUCUUCAAGUCCAUCAGAGAGUCCACACUGGAAAGAAACCUUAUAAAUGUGAAGAGUGUGGGAAGGGUUUCAGUUGGCGUUCACGACUACAGGCCCAUCAGCGAAUCCACACUGGAGAGAAACCAUACAAAUGCAAUGCAUGUGGCAAGGGCUUUAGUUAUAGCUCACACCUUAACAUUCACUGUAGAAUCCACACAGGGGAGAAACCCUACAAAUGUGAGGAGUGUGGGAAAGGCUUCAGUGUGGGUUCACACCUUCAAGCCCAUCAGAUAAGCCACACUGGAGAGAAACCAUACAAAUGUGAGGAGUGUGGGAAGGGUUUCUGUCGGGCCUCAAAUCUUCUGGACCAUCAGAGAGGCCAUACUGGAGAGAAACCGUAUCAGUGUGAUGCUUGUGGCAAGGGCUUCAGUCGUAGCUCAGAUUUUAACAUUCAUUUUAGAGUCCAUACAGGAGAAAAACCCUAUAAAUGUGAGGAGUGUGGUAAGGGCUUCAGUCAGGCCUCAAAUCUUCUGGCCCAUCAGAGAGGCCACACUGGAGAAAAGCCAUACAAAUGUGGUACUUGUGGGAAGGGCUUCAGUCGGAGUUCAGAUCUUAACGUUCACUGUAGAAUCCAUACAGGAGAGAAACCCUAUAAAUGUGAAAAGUGUGGCAAGGCUUUCAGUCAGUUCUCAAGUCUUCAAGUGCAUCAGAGAGUCCACACUGGGGAGAAACCAUAUCAGUGUGCUGAGUGUGGGAAGGGCUUCAGUGUAGGUUCUCAGCUUCAAGCCCAUCAGAGGUGCCACACUGGAGAGAAACCAUAUCAAUGUGCGGAGUGUGGGAAGGGCUUCUGUCGGGCCUCAAACUUUCUGGCUCAUCGUGGUGUCCACACAGGAGAAAAACCAUACCGAUGUGAUGUGUGUGGAAAGCGUUUUCGACAGAGAUCCUACCUUCAAGCCCACCAGAGGGUCCACACUGGAGAGAAGCCAUACAAAUGUGAGGAAUGUGGGAAAGUCUUCAGUUGGAGCUCAUACCUUCAAGCCCAUCAGAGAGUUCACACUGGAGAAAAACCAUACACAUGUGAGGAAUGUGGGAAGGGCUUCAGUUGGAGCUCAAGUCUUAUAAUUCAUCAGAGAAUCCAUGCUGAUGAUGAGGGUGAUAAGGACUUCCCUUCAUCAUAAACUCAUAAAUUUUACGUUUUAGUAUCUCAAAUGAGUGCUGAAAUAGUCCAAUUAUCAGAGCUGUCAUAGAAGAUAAAAGAUUUGCUUAAUAAAAGGGCUGGUUUUUGCUAGAGAUUGAUAGUGGUUGAGAGACCAAACACAGAGAAGCCUCAUAAGAAUGGAACCAUAGGACUUUAUUCAGAACCUUCACCUCUAACAGAUAUAUACAGACAAGAAGCUCAAGAAGGAUGAAUCUGAUCUGGAAAAAACUAAAAAGUACCAAGAUGGAAGUGCCAAAAUCCAUUCAAUUAGAAUAUAAUUUCCAAAAGAGUAGAGACCUUAUUGACUGCCAAAUCUCUGCAUUUUCAGUGCCUAGUAUAUUGUAUGCUCACAGUAAUUGCUAAAUAGUAGAAAGGAGACCAGUUAUAUUUAAAGUUUUUUAUCCAGUUCAUCUCUAAAUUAGUUUCUGUAAAAUCAUCCUCAGAUGAAUUGUUCUACAAGGCUUAGAGGACAUUUAAAUUAGAUAUAUGCACACAUCUUUCCAACCCUGUGCAUCCUAUAAAUGAAGAUUUAUCAAAUUGGGGAGUGGUAUAGCUCAUUAGUAGGUUCAUAACUCAGUUCAGUGGAUUGUGGCCAGAAUUAUUGUACCUUAUUGGGGUAUAGUUUGAAUUCAGUAACAUGUAUAAAUCUCAAAUCUGUGGCUUCCUAAAUUGUUUUUUGGUGCUGGGGAUGGAACCCAGGGUCUCACCCAUGCUAAGCAAGUCCUCUAUCACUGAUCUACACCCCAGUUCACUUCCUAAGUUUUGACAAAUGUGUACAAUAUUUUUGUUAAGCAGAAAGUUUCUCCAUGCCCAUUCCCAGUUAAUCCCACCUUCAAUGCCAAUAUAUAUUAUGAUUUUUACUCUAUAAAUUAGUUAGCUCUGUUGAAUAUCAUAUUGGUUCAGUACUUUUCUGUUUGUGGAUCCUUAGGAUUAGUGUUUCAGAUUCAGAGAAAACAUUUAACAAAA